UUACGAUUGGCUGGAGACCACUGACGUGGCUGUGUACGUGCCCCUCCUUUCCUACUGACGCCUCACAUAGCGUAACCGGCGCUUUGCUGAGCUGUACUUCCCAGGACAGGAACCUACACCCGGAUCCUGAAACCUGCGGCCCGGGGACACUGACACCCAGCGAGCUGUGAGUGAGAGAGCACAACCCUGUCCCCAUGGCAACCUACCUGGAAUUUAUUCAGCAGAAUGAAGAGCGAGAUGGGGUGCGUUUCAGCUGGAACGUGUGGCCCUCCAGUCGUCUGGAAGCUACAAGAAUGGUAGUGCCUUUAGGAUGCCUUUUUACUCCACUCAAAGAGAGGUCGGACUUGCCACCUGUGCAGUAUGAACCCGUCCUGUGCACAAGGCCAACUUGCAAAGCAGUCCUUAAUCCUCUUUGCCAAGUCGACUACAGAGCCAAAUUGUGGGCAUGUAACUUCUGCUUCCAAAGAAAUCAGUUCCCUCCCACAUAUGCUGGAAUAUCUGAAGUUAAUCAGCCUGCAGAACUCAUGCCACAGUUCUCUACCAUUGAGUACAUUGUGCAGCGAGGCCCACAGACCCCUCUAAUAUUCCUUUAUGUAGUGGAUACCUGUCUGGAGGAAGAAGACUUACAAGCUCUUAAGGAAUCGCUACAGAUGUCAUUGAGUCUCUUGCCCCCAGAUGCUUUGGUUGGACUGAUCACCUUUGGUAGAAUGGUGCAAGUGCACGAACUGAACUGUGAUGGGAUCUCUAAAAGCUAUGUCUUCCGAGGGACCAAAGAUCUGACUGCAAAGCAAAUACAGGACAUGUUAGGUCUUUCAAAGCCUGCAGCCCCAGCACAACAGGGUAGACCCCUGCAGCCUCAGGAGCAGCCUUUCCUGUCCAGCAGGUUUUUACAGCCAGUUCACAAAAUUGACAUGAAUUUAACAGACCUACUCGGGGAAUUACAACGUGACCCGUGGCCUGUAACCCAGGGGAAAAGACCACUGAGAUCUACUGGUGUGGCUUUGUCUAUUGCAGUUGGCUUACUAGAGGGAACACUUCCAAACACUGGAGCCAGAAUAAUGCUGUUUACAGGAGGUCCACCCACACAAGGACCAGGCAUGGUAGUAGGAGAUGAGCUGAAGACACCAAUUCGGUCCUGGCACGAUAUAGAAAAAGAUAAUGCUCGUCUUAUGAAGAAGGCUACCAAGCACUAUGAAGGCCUGGCAAACCGCAGUGCGGCCAAUGGUCACUGCAUUGACAUAUACGCAUGUGCACUGGACCAGACCGGUCUCUUGGAGAUGAAGUGCUGCUCAAACCUCACAGGAGGUCAGAUUGUCAUUGGAGAUUCUUUCAAUACAUCUCUGUUUAAGCAAACAUUCCAGAGAGUGUUCAGCAAAGACUUAAAUGGAGAGUUCAAAAUUGCAUUUGGUGCCAACCUUGAAGUUAAGACUUCAAGAGAGCUGAAAAUAUCCGGAGCUAUUGGACCCUGUGUUUCCUUAAAUGUGAAAAGUCCGUGCAUUUCAGAGAAUGAAUUGGGAGUUGGUGGAACAUGUCAGUGGAAAAUCUGCAGCCUGGAUCCAUCUACGACACUUGCGGUAUACUUUGAAGUGGUGAAUCAGCACAAUGCACCUAUUCCUCAAGGCGGACGGGGGGCCGUUCAAUUUGUCACUCAGUACCAGCAUUCCAGCACACAGAAACGGAUCAGGGUCACCACAAUCGCCAGGAACUGGGCAGAUGCUCAAACUCAGCUGCAGCACAUCGAGGCGGCCUUUGACCAGGAAGCAGCAGCAGUGCUGAUGGCACGUCUGGGGGUCUACAGAGCAGAAACUGAGGAGGGUCCAGAUGUUCUGCGAUGGCUGGACAGACAACUCAUCAGGCUUUGCCAGAAAUUUGGACAGUACAACAAAGAUGACCCAACCUCCUUUAGGCUAUCUGACUCCUUUUCCCUUUACCCUCAGUUCAUGUUCCACUUGAGAAGGUCGCCUUUCCUGCAGGUGUUUAAUAACAGUCCAGAUGAGUCCUCAUAUUAUCGGCAUCACUUUGCCAGACAAGACCUGACCCAGUCUCUUAUCAUGAUCCAACCCAUCCUCUACUCUUAUUCUUUCUACGGUCCUCCCGAGCCUGUUUUACUAGACAGCAGUAGCAUUUUACCUGACCGGAUUCUACUUAUGGACACGUUCUUCCAGAUUGUCAUCUAUCUUGGAGAGACUAUUGCACAGUGGCGUAAAGCUGGCUACCAGGAUAUGCCAGAGUAUGAGAACUUCAAGCAUCUUCUCCGGGCACCACUAGACGAUGCCCAGGAAAUCUUACAAAGCAGAUUUCCAAUGCCACGCUACAUCAAUACAGAACAUGGAGGGAGCCAAGCAAGAUUCCUCCUAUCUAAAGUCAAUCCAUCCCAGACGCACAACAAUCUUUACAACUGGGGUCAGGAAUCCGGAGCACCAAUUCUAACAGAUGACGUCAGUCUUCAAGUUUUUAUGGAUCAUUUGAAAAAGUUGGCUGUGUCCACUGCCUCCUAAUUCACAAAACAUGUUUCAGAGAACCACCGAUGGAACGAAAUGCCAUUUUUUUAGAAAAAACAUUCCCCUAAGUAGUUCAAGGAACUAAUCAGUUUUACCAUUAAGCUAAAUAAGACGUGAGGAUCAAACUUUCAAUGUACUCCUACCUUAGGUUUAAUUUAUUAUUUUUGUGUUUUACAUGCAUAAUUACAGUUUCAAAUGUUAACAAUGAUUUGUAUAUA